UUUGACGACGACGAUGGUACGUCAUGGGGUGUUGUUAGCCGCGUGCAUGGCCCUUGCGUCCAUGAUAAGUGCAGUUGCGGUGCAUGUGACUGUAUUCCGAAAUGGAGAGUCCACCGGGGGCGUUCCGGUGGAUCUCUCUGAGGCGCACGUCCCGUCAGGCUUGGAAUUGGCUCAGUACCUGUCGACCCUCGUUCCGGUCGACGGGCUCUACCUCGACGAGACCAAGACGACCACCGACACGAUUGGUGAUCGAGUGUUUACAGGAAAGGGUGUGCUCGUGUCAUCCUUUGACGACAUUGAAGAGAACGACCGGCUAUACAUCGUGGGUCGCGGGCUGCACUUUGUCUGGCCUUUUGUAGAGUUUGGACACCGUGUGUCGCUUCAAUCGACGCAAUCGCCGACUGGGAAACCCAUUACGCUCGAAUCCUUCAACGACUCGCCGCGGGUGUUCCUCGUCCACGAUUUUUUCACCGAAGAAGAGGCCGACGGGUUGAUUGAACGCAUCCUCAGCAUCGAUCACGAACUAAACAAGCUCCAACGUUCCGGAGUCGGUCCCAGACAAAGCGGACAAAAAGUCCAUUCGUCGGUUCGCACUAGCGAAAAUGCAUUCGACUCGGAGUCUCCCAUCGCUGUCACUAUCAACAAGCGGGCAUUUGAUUUGUUGCGCAUUGGCGAGUUUCAAGGGGAUAUGGCGGAUGGGCUGCAACUCCUCCGAUACAAGCAAAAACAAGCGUACAUCCCACACAACGAUUACUUCAGUGAAGGUGCAACUCGCGACUGGAAUUGGAAUCCGAAAAGCGGUGGAUCCAACCGCUUUGCCACGGUAUUCUUGUACCUGUCGAACGUGACUCGGGGUGGGCAAACUGUGUUUCCGCUUGCCAAUAUGCCGCCUGGCGUUGCCCAUUCCACACCUCCGACCGACGACGAAAUGGAAUUGUUUGAAAAGGGGUCGUGGGAAUAUAAAAUGGUCAAGCAAUGCUACUCAAAAUUAGCGUCCUACCCUCGCAAAGCCCACGCUGUUUUGUUUUACAGUCAGAAAGGCAACGGUGAGGUGGACCCGAUGUCAGAGCACGGCGGGUGUCCUGUUCUCGAGGGGACGAAAUGGGGCGCGAAUUUGUGGGUGUGGAACAAACGCCGACAUGGCCUGGACGCGAACAAGUUUAGCAUGGGUUUUGCCAACAAUUUGGACGUUCCAGUUGACUUGUACUGGUCGACGACGUUUAUGGCGCACCUUCCACCACGCACGAAAAUGAACUUUCAAACGUAUGAUGGCCACGAAUGGACGUUCAAAGACGCAGAGGGCAACGUCCUCCUCGUCCACCGCGCCACAUCCAAUGCUGGAGACAAUCAAGUGGUCGCUGUGCCCGCAGAAACACAAGCAGACGACGCCGCAUCGUCGAGAGACGAUCUGUAACUUCGAUGCCCACACUAUGCGGGCUCAUGAAUUCACUGCACUGGUCGUGUAAUGAAAAGUGGUGGCUCGGAUAUCUUCAUCACGAGUAUUCUUUCUUGCACUA